AUGUCUUACCAUCCCACCGCAAGGUCUGCCGCCAUGGCUUGUCACACCAGUUAUCCGUUAACUGACGAAGAAAUUGCCAGUGCCCCGGCAAUCUAUACCCCUGUGAUAAGGCCCACGCAUAUCUCAACAUCUUAUGCCCAUUCAGCGUGCUCCUCGACCUCGGACGUGAGCCCCUUCUUCUACGAAGGCAUAUGGUUGGAGGGACCUGACGUCCCACAAGACGCCACGACCGAGCAAACUCCUCUCCUCUCUGCUCCGGUCCCUUUUGACCCGGAGCUCGACGGUUUUCAGCUGAGCACAACUGAUUGUGUGUCUUUGAAAUCUCGAGACCUCGAAUCUGGCACCCACGCACAGGUCGAGGAAGUCAUGGGUGUCAGGGAGGGGCUAUUUUCCGUCAUAGGUGGGUUGUGGAGGUGGAUCUUGAGAUUUUUCCAGUGCUGUGGACUGCCUUUCAGCACCGGAACCGGUGGUGGGAACUAG